CAACGAAAAAUGAGAAUCACAGCAUUGGCAGCAAUCGGCCUGGCGCUCCUUCCGAGGGCCCUCGCAAAUAACCCCCUGGAAGACGCCUUCGUGCAGAACGACGUUUCCAACAACGGUGGUUACGAGGUCGCCUUCGCCAGUCGACCGUGAGCCAUCCCCCCCCCUCUCCCACUCUCAUCAGAUAUGGACAUGCGUAUUAACGGGAAUACCUCCAGCUUGUGGCACUUUGGCAGGUCUGGAGGAAACAACCCGUGCUAUCCCUCGGCCGCCUUGAUCGACGGCAAGCAGCAUGGGACGAACCCCGACACCUUCCCACACGCGGGGACUGGGUGUCCGGAUCCGGGCCCGGGAGGUGGGACGGGAACCGCUUUCCCCACAUACUUUACUGUCGGGUUUUGCGGUGGGGAUGAACUGAGGGUGGGUUUGGUCCUCUUCGGGAUGGGAUUGUGAUUGUGGAGUGGGUGGUUAAUCCUUGAGGACAGGUCACAUACAACAUAUACUUCUCACACGACGGGUUCAGUAACGGAGUCAUUGCUAAGGGACAUAGUAUGCCCCCCCCCCCCCCCCCGCUGCUCCCCCUCCUCCUUUUGGUCGAGUAAUUUGUUCUGAACUGCUCAAACAUAGUGCAUGACUGGGAACGCAUCAUCGUGAUCUGGCGCCGUGAGAACGGCCAAUGGUCCCGAAAGGAGCUCCUCAAGAGUUUCCAUACCGGGUAACCCCCCGUGCUCCCAAUUAGGCUCCAGUCCUUACUACAGGAAAACAUUCUAACAGGGGAUAUGAUAGUUACAUGCAUGACAAUUGGAACGCGGUCCAGAACACAAUCGAGUACAACAAUCCGGAUGAGCAGGAUGGGAAGGAUAAAGACGGUGCAAAGAUCUACGUCGGCUGGGGAAAGCACGCCAUGUUCGCCCAGCGGAACACUGGUUGGAACGAUGAGGCUUCUCAGGGCUGUGGUAGGGAGUUCAGGUCUGGGCGGGAUUGGUGGUAUGAUUCCCUCCCGUUUGCUAUCAUUAUCCGGUUACAUGCUGAACUGUUCUCCAGGUACCUCCCCACUAGAUCUGACAUGAUUAACGCUGCACCCGGAAGCACCGACGGGGACACUUUGAGCACCUUCGAUUGGGGAUCUGCCGAUUCUGGCCCUUGGGUCAUUGCGCCUAAGGUUUGUGAUGCUAAGGAGGGCGGUUUCACCGCUUGUUAG